UUGGCCCAUAGCUUGUGUGCUGUCAGCAGCUCGGCUGUUAAGACGCGUCGCAAACACCGCAGCCCCUUUGAUUCUUGUUUUUUUUUUUUUGCUCAUUUAUUUAUAUCAAUUUUUUUUUUGUUUUUGUUUUGCCAAGAGGAUUUCGUUUGAAUUGUCCGCCGACUUUCAUCGGGAUACUGCGCUCAUCUUCAGUGAAUAGUUGAACCAAUUUGCUCUUGAAUUCUUUGUUUUUUCUUUUUCUUUUUUCUUAGCAAAGAAUUUGAGUGAGGAAAGUGAGACGGCGUUCAACAAUGUCACGCCAUCAGUGCGUGGCCUAAGGACUUUUGUUUUGUUUUGUUUUUUCUCGUUUGCAUCUUGUGUGUACUGGUAACGCUGGCCUCCCCCCCCCCUUCGGCACGCUCGCAAAAAGAGAGAGACUAGACCUGACAGCCAAGAAAGUGAAGUGAGUGAAAGAGACAGAGAGGAGCCCAACAACGAACCGGACCUUAGUGAUUUUUUGGUUGCGAGCAAAGCCGAGGCCAUAAACGAAGAAAAAAAAAAAAAAAACUCCAAAAUAAAAUAGAAAGAGAAGGAAGAAAAGAAACCAGCGGAAAGGAGCCGAGACCCCAGUUGUGAUUUCCUCAUCGAUCUGUGUGCCGCGUCGAGUUUUUACGACUAGACAUUUUUUUUUUUUUUCUUCUUCUCUUUUUUUUUUUUUUUGUGUGUGAGGGGGUUGGAUAUACUUCCUCCGUUUUCGGGUACGAUAGAAAGGAGGAGAUCUUCCGUCGAAGAAGCCGAGUGGGCGACCACCACUACUUCUGGACCAGUGCCAAGAAAAAGUCAAGAAACGGCUAAGCGGAGAACCGAACGAAAGAAGAAGAAAAACACACACACACACACACACACAAAAACGAAGAGAGAGUGAGCAAGAAGAGCAAAUAAAAAAAACAAAAAAACACAAGAAGAAAAUAGAAUAUACACAAAGAAAAAUCAAAAUAAAAGGAAAACUUGUUCGGUUUUUUUUUCAAAAAAAAAAAAAGCUGCAGACACGAUCAGAGAAACAAAACAAAUCACACAAGUGAAAAUCGCUGCCGAGAGCAAAAUCCACAAGGGAAGAACUACACUACACACAAAAAUAAGAAGAAGAAGAAGAAGAAGAAGAGCGGGCUGGGGGGAAUCUAUAUAGUGCCAUCACGGGGGCUAUGACAGAGUUGCACUGUGGCUAUACAACCGGAUCGGUCAGAUUGUUGUUUUUCUUUCACUUCAGCUCUCCCCCCUUUUUUUUUUUGUGUGUGUGUGCCGAACUCUGCUCUCUUUUUUUUUAGUGUGUUUGUGCUGCUGCGUCCAUUUCUCGUCCAGCUCGCAUCCGUAUCUCCUUUGCCCCCACACACAGACACACACACACAGACACAUUCGGUUAGCUACUUGGUCGGGUCCAUUCCGAUCGAUUUCGCUACGGAUGUCAACUAAAGUUCUGAUGCCGGAACGCUCUCAACACCAGCAGUCGUCGUCUUCGUCAUCGUUCGACACUAUGGUCGACCACCAGGGCGAGCUCAUCCAGACGGGCAGUCCUUACUUCUUGUGCACGGCCCUGCCGACACAUUGGCGGUCCAACAAAUCGCUACCGGUCGCCUUUCGGGUGGUGGCUCUGGGAGAAAUCGCCGACGGGACGGUGGUGGCCAUUCGAGCCGGCAACGAUGAAAACUACUGCUGCGAGCUUCGCAAUCACACGGCCGUCAUGAAGAACCAAGUGGCCAAAUUCAGCGACCUGCGCUUCGUUGGCAGAUCGGGCAGAGGCAAAAGCUUCACGCUAUCGAUCAUCGUGAGCUCGUCACCAGUUCAAGUGACCACUUACAACAAAGCCAUUAAGGUGACGGUGGAUGGACCUCGAGAGCCGCGCACCAAGUCGCGCCAUCCGUCACCAUUUGGGCCAUUCUCCUUGUUUCAGGCACCUUGGCUGGACCCAGCCUAUUUUAACCUUUCCAAUUUGACCCAGUUCGGUCAGUUUGGUGCCAAUAUGGGAAAUCUGGCAAAUCUGCCGUGUCCACCACCGUGGGAUCACCAUCACGUGAGACGAAUGACCGACCCUCUAGCUCUCAUUAAAGGAGUGAACAACUCGUCAUCACUGGGAGACAGACCCGAACUGAGCUGGCCUUCCAACACAGCCUCCAUGUCCAACUCGUCACAUCCGCCACAUGGCUUAGUCCCCUCCUUAGCCAACUAUCCGCCUUCCGGAUUGGCUUAUUCGCCAACGGCGCCGCUGCCGACUCCUCCACCCAGUCUGUUACCCGCCCUACCAGUAUCGGGUGUCGGUAACAGCCUCAACCCCAAUUUCAACUUGAGUUUGAGCAUCAAUCCGCGGCUACUGGGCCAAGCUCACAUGGCUCAUCCGCUGACGUCUCUCAUCAACUCACUUCACGGCUUCAGCAACAAAUCGUCGCCCACAGCGCUCAGCGUGGCCCAGCCAGUUGCCGCGCAGCAGCAGCAGCAGCAACAACAACAACAGCAGCAGCAGCAGCAGCACGACGUCAGCAAGAGCAAGCCAGAGUCCGACCGUAAAUCGUCUGCGCUGAAAGAGAAAAUCGCCGAGUCGACGUGUGUGACGAAAUCAGCAUUCCACCAGGUGACUCCGGCAUUGAUGCCGGAAGAAACCACCAAGAGUGAGCCCAGUUCUCCGUCGUCGACCAGCAUUUCUCCUACGGGCGUCACGCACGGCAGCAAUGGCAAAAUCACGUCGGCACCCGUUUCAAUCACGACGGCUAUUGUGAAUCCAACCAAAACCGUUUGGAGACCUUACUGACGUAUAGCUUCAAGUAGGGCCUAUAGCCUACAACAAACUGCCGGGGGGGAAUGUCAAAAGAUGAAAUGGAAAUUUAACAAACAAAAUCUAAAAGAAAAAUGCUUCCCUUUGAUUGUUUUAUAAUAAUUAUAAUUUUUUUUUCUUCUUAAAUUGUACAUUCGGUUUCAUAUAGCGAAUCUCUGUCAGUUGAGCCGCCCUCUCGCCAUUUUAUUAGUAUAAACUAUAUACACGAUUUUGUCUUCAUCUUAAUGCGUACAUCAGAACGACGUAAGCUUUAUAAUGAAAAGCAACCAGUUAUAUAAAUCUCGACCACCAACCCUUGUAAAAAAUUUCAAAAAAAAAAAGAGAAUUUUCUAGAGCCGGCAGAACAUAAAAUAAUAAUAAUAAUGAUGAUAAUAAUGAUUUGCGCUUUUUUUUUUUUUUUAUCUUGAUAUUUUCACGUCAAAGUUCACUGCUCGCGUUAGAGUUAGAUUUACUAAUGUUUUCUUCGUACCAAUUGAAAAGCCCUGUCAUAUUUGAUCCCUGAUCCCUUACGAAAUGCGAAAAUAAAUACAUUCGUGCCAAAGA